AUGCCAGACAACGUCGGCAUCACAUGGGCUCCUGAUCUGCAGCGAGCGUCUCACACCAUAAACAGUGUUGGAGACAUCAGGGACGCCGAGGGCAGUCGUGAGACGGAAUUCGACGACGUUCUGUUGUCAGAGGACCUAUCUCAAAGUCUCGGCACAGAGUCAAACACCCAACGGAAUACUCCUAUCGCCCUUUCUGCUCAACGCCUUUCCGAACCGGUCGAGGAUGAUGAUGCGUUCCAUGAAUUGAACUGGAACUCAAAGUAUGGGAUCGCCGCAUCGCCUGGGUUCGCCCCACUCAAGUCCCAGCAGUCUCUGCCGUCGUCGACCCAAAAUUCUUCAAAUUCAUUGAAGGCUCUGUCUGAGCGCGACGUCGAUCGAUCGCCUGGGUCGGCGACUUCACUCGUCCAGCGCGCCCUGUCGGCCAAAUCGUCCCACGGCCAAAUUCGCGGCCGUCGUCCAUCUCACUCUAAGUCAUUUUCCACUUCUUUUUCAAAUUCGAAUCGUCUUUCCAACAACGAACAUCCUACAUAUCCUAUUCAAUCAUUUGAAGCAUUGCAAGCUCAGUUCCAUGCUCCACGGCCAACGCGGCCUCUCCGCACGAGAAGCUCGCACCCGGCCCAAAAUCUCCUUUACAACGAAAUGUCCACGUGGAACAGGCAAGGUCGAGAACGACAAUCUCCUCACCCACAGACCGCAAUGACUGCAGACAAUACACCAAUUUCAAGUCCAGGUCUUCUUCACUCGGGCGAGCGGGUGCCUUCAGCGUCGUCUCUCAGCGACGCCGGUCGCCAGCCGCACCAUCUCCAACCUCCCAAAGAAACUCACACCGUCGAGAUCGAUCAUGACCACCUCUCAGGGAACAAGUUUGUCAACAACUACGAGAUCUUCGAGGAAAUAGGGCGUGGGGAACAUGGUAAAGUCAAGCUCGCCCGAGACGUCCAGAGGGAUACCAUCGUUGCGGUGAAGAUCGUCCCAAGAUAUUCUGGCAAGCGGCGACUCGGCCGACUAGGAACUCCAGAAGAUCGGACAAAACGAGAGGUGGCCAUCCUGAAAAAGGCGAGACAUCCAAACGUUGUCAGCCUCUUGGAAGUCAUUGACGAUCCCAACAAAAACAAGGUCUACCUGAUUCUCGAAUAUGUCGAAAAGGGUGAAAUCAAGUGGAGGAAGCCAGGGGUGCGCGAGGUCCUGGCAGUAAACAACACCAGAUUCGAGCAGGAGAGAGCAGGGUUCGAGCUUCCCCUCGAACCAACCGAAAGGGACCUUUUCAGUGUCAGUCAAGCCAAACGACGCCAUGAGCUGCAAGAAAGAGCUCGAGCCCUAAACACGAACCCAACACCCAACUGGAGCCUCGAACAUGGAGGUGAAGAUUUUGAAGAGGAUGAAGAGUUAUCUGAGGCCUCCCGUUCUGCAUCGCGACAUUUCUACGAGUCCAGUAAUCCCAGUAGGACCAGUUCUCAUGAUGAAUACUCUGAAGGAGCUCUGGCCGGCAGCAUGUAUGGCGCCUAUGCUCCAGACGCUUACCAUGGUCGAACAUUCAGCAUCGCAGCCAGCGUUGGUGCCCUCUCUCACAUGUCUUCGGAAUGGAAUUUUGACGAGACCGACGACGAGCACGCCUAUGUUCCGGCUUUGACGCUGGAAGAAGCUCGCCGCACCUUUCGAGAUACGCUCUCCGGGCUUCAGUUUCUGCACUUCAUUGGCAUCAUCCACCGUGAUAUAAAACCAGCAAAUCUCUUGGUCGCGAGCAAUGGCACCGUCAAAAUAUCUGACUUUGGCGUAUCAUACCUCGGGCAUCCUAAGGACCCUGAGGAUCCAGACUUUAAACUGACUGAGAAAGACGUCUCUGCAUUAGAUGACGAGAAAGAACUAGCAAGAUCUGUCGGGACGCCUGCUUUCUGGGCUCCCGAACUCUGCUAUGAAGACCCAUCCAUGUUCGAAGAAAAGGAUGGCCCGAAAAUCACUGGCGCUCUGGACCUUUGGGCUUUGGGGAUCACUCUCUAUUGCAUGGUUUACGCUCGUUUGCCGUUCUAUGCAAGUGAAACCAUGGGACUUCACGAAGCAGUGUGCAAGACUGAGGUGUUUCUUCCACGGACUCGGCUUGUGCCAGUUGAUACGUCUCAAGACAAACCAACCGCCGAGGUACCAGAUUCGAUCAACAGUAACAAGAGACUCGACUAUGAACUCAAAUUCGAGGUGGUCCCUAAUGCUGUACGUGACCUCAUUCGCCAACUCCUGAUCAAGGAUCCCGCAAAGAGGAUGACGAUCGAGCAAGCCAAGAAGCAUGAAUGGGUUGUCGAAGGCUUGCAAGAUCCGUCACAGUGGAUCAAGGGUCCCGAGUUGGAGAAGGAAAGCAAGAAGAAAAUAUUGGACGUGGACGAGAGAGAAAUGUCACACGCAGUUGUUAGGAGGAAUAUCAUUGAGCGGGCGCUCAGUACAGCCGGGCGAAUCGCAGGCAAUCUGCUUGGAAGAAGCAAUACGCGGAAGCGUGCUCCUAGUGCGGCCACAUCGGCCAGCCAGUCGAGCGAUUCCAUUGCAUCGCCUGCAGGCUCCAAUGCAAGUACUGUGGGAAAGAUUGAGCGAGAUAAGAUUCGAGAUGCUCGUCGAGCUAGUCUGCGCGGCGAUGAACUUCUGACGGCCUUGAAAACUUCGAGAGAAAGCACCGAGCAUCCGCUGGCACAAAGUCAAACUGCCAGCCCAGAGGCAGCUGGACAGGAACAUUAUUUCAGCGACUCGGUCUCAACCAAAAAAGCUGCGUCGUCGGCUUGCACUCCGUUAGCUAUGCGUGAAGCACGACCCACUGGUCCAGACCGAGCGACCUCGACCGUCUCCACUGCCGAGUCUGUCAAGACAAUCAGAGCUUCGCAGGUGCAGCGACUGCCCUUGCCAUCGUCGGGCCUCGCACGUGACGAACGACCUGUCUCCCUUGACAGAGGACUCAAGGCUAGAGUCGACGGCCUUUGGGAGGGAACUAAGACCUUGGCCCGUAUCGGGAGUCGAGAACGACGUGCACCUCGAGAUGACCGGUCACCAGCCUCGAGCCGUCAUUCGUCCGAAAGCGACGCCCGUGCAGAACCCAGCAUCGCUGUGAGCACGGCUUCGGCAGCAGGUGCUAUUGAGCCGCCCGAUGUCCUCCGUGACGCCGAUCUAACCGUUGAGCAGAACAUCUCUCCGCCGACUCCGCAUAUGAUGACUCACGGUGAUCAUAGAACGUCAUUUCGAGCACCAACAUCAAGCCAACAAGCCUUUCAACAAGCUCAAGAAGUCAAUCAACGCCGUCUUAUACAAGAGGUUCAUUCUCAAGCUGAAGCGGCGAUGGAGGCCAUAUCGAGACCGCAGAGCGUCGUGACCGAUUUAUGCCCUCCCUCACCAGAUGAUAUUACCUUUUUCGAGAAACAGCGUGCACAAGUCUCGAGUGAGCUACCAACGUUCUCGCUCGGGUCAAAUGCCAUUCAAUCAGGACCAUCCGCAAGCACCAUUGCUUCGUCCCUUGAUGACUACGGGGCCAGCAGUGUGUCACAGAGCAUGUCGAAUCCGAGCAUUGGAGUCAUAUCUGGCGCUUCUUCACCCCCGGGGGAAGGCUUCCUGAGUUCAGCAUAUACGGAGGCUCCUAGAGACGUGCCUGGUCUGGGCAAAGAGCCCGAACCUGAGUUCAUGCGCACCGCGGACACAAUAACCAAACAUGGCAGACCUACGCAGAUCGCGACUGGUCCUGCGCUCGAAGAUUGGCAGAAUAGAAGCCACGAUGAUGACCACGAUGGUGAUGACGAUUCAGACGAUGGAAUGAUGAUGCCGGCUUCUACAAACAAGAAGUUUUAA